AUGACUGGGUGGACGUUGCGUAUCUUGAUUGCCAUACUGGAGAAUCUUUCUAUGAUUGCUCGAAGGGGUUCAGCGUCCCCUUGCCUAAACUUAGCAACGCCACUGUUGAGGAGAUUCCAGGGUAAUUCUUUUGAAGGCCCAAUACCGUUGUCAUUUUCCAAUUUGACUUCUUUGAUAGAGUUGAGAAUAAGCUGUUUAUUAAAUGGGAGCUCUUCAAAGCUGGCAUUUUUGAGGAAUUUGAAGUCUUUGAAUAUUUUAGAACUGAGGAAUAAUAAUAUUUCUGAUUCAAUGCCAUCGUUUAUCGGACAUUUGCAAGAUUUAACCCAGUUGGAUUUAAGCUUCAAUAAUAUCACAGGACACAUUCCGGACUCAAUUUUCAAUCUGGGUUCACUUUCUUACUUGUUUCUUGGAAACAACAAACUCAGUGGUACCCUUCCUACCCAGAAAAGUGAGUUUCUUCUCAACAUAGACUUGUCAUACAAUAAUUUAUCAGGGACUCUUCCUUCUUGGGUAAACCAACAAAAUUUACAACUCAAUUUAGUUGCCAACAAAUUGACAAUAGAGAAUUCAAAUGGCAGAUUACCUUCUGGACUCGACUGUUUACAAAAAAAUUUCCCUUGCAACCGUGGUAUUGGAAGAUAUUAUGAUUUUGCAAUAAAGUGUGGUGGUCCUCAAAUUACUUCUUCAAAUGGAAUUGUGUUUGAAAUGGACAACCAAACACUAAGUCCAGCUACCUACUUUGUUAGUGAUACAAAGAGAUGGGGUGUUAGUAAUGUAGGAUUAUUCACUGGGAGCAACAACCCUCAUUACAAAAGUUCUAUUUCUAAUCAGUUCACUAACAUUGUGGAUCCAGAGCUCUUCCAGACAGCUCGAAUCUCUGCUUCAUCACUUCGAUAUUAUGGCCUAGGGCUGGAAAAUGGUUUCUACAACAUCACCCUCCAAUUUGCAGAAAUAACUAUUUUGGAUAAUUCGGAAUGGAAAAGUCUUGGGAGAAGAAUCUUUGAUAUUUAUAUUCAGGGGAGUCUUGUUUUAAAGGACUUUGAUAUAAAAAGGGAGGCUGGGGGCAUCUCUUUCAGUGCUGUCCAAAAGAAAUUUAGAAUUGAAGUGUUAGAAAAUUAUGUAGAGAUCCAUCUCUUUUGGGCUGGAAAAGGGACUUGCUGCAUACCAGCUCAAGGUACUUAUGGUCCCUUGAUUUCAGCCAUUAGUGCUAUCCCAGAUUUCACGCCUACUGUUAGUAACAAACCUCCAAGUAGUAAAAGGAAUAAUGUUGGUGUAAUCGUGGGAACAGUUGUUGGAGUUGUAAGCUUUCUAUUUGUUCUUGCAAUCUUCUAUAUCAUUCGUAAACGAAAACACCAUGACGAUAAUGAAGAGCUUCUAGAUAUUGACACAAAGCCAUACAUUUUUAAUUAUUCUGAGUUAAAGAAUGCUACUGAUGACUUUAAUCUUGAUAACAAGCUUGGAGAAGGAGGUUUUGGGCCUGUUUAUAAGGGGACACUUAAUGAUGGAAGAGUUAUUGCUGUGAAACAACUAUCUGUACAAUCCAAUCAAGGAAAGAGUCAAUUCAUAACUGAGAUUGCCAUUAUCUCUACUGUGCAACAUCGUAAUCUUGUAAAAUUACAUGGAUGUUGCAUUGAAAGAAAUAAAAGACUUCUAGUCUAUGAGUAUCUUGAAAAUAGGAGUCUUGAUAAAGCAUUAUUUGGAAUUUGUUUAAAUCUCAAUUGGUCUACACGUUAUGAUAUAUGCUUGGGUGUAGCGAGAGGUUUAACUUAUCUACAUGAAGAAUCUCGAGUCCGUAUUGUACAUCGUGAUGUGAAGUCUAGUAAUAUUCUUCUUGAUCAUGAGCAUAUUCCAAAAAUAUCUGAUUUUGGUUUGGCAAAAUUAUAUGAUGACAAAAUGACCCAUAUAAGCACUCGCGUGGCUGGGACAAUUGGAUAUCUUGCCCCGGAAUAUGCCAUGCGUGGACAUCUAACAGAAAAAGUUGAUGUAUUUUCCUUUGGUGUCGUGCUUUUGGAGAUAGUUAGUGGAAGGUCAAAUUCUGAUUCAAGUUUGGAAGGAGAUAAGAUGUAUCUUCUGGAAUGGGCCUGGCAUCUACACGAAAACAACAAUGUACUUGAUCUUGUAGAUCCUAGAUUAUCUGAUUUUAAUGAGGAAGAAGUAAAACAAGUUGUGAGAAUAGGUCUCAUGUGCACUCAAACAUCACCAACAUUACGACCAUCAAUGUCCCGUGUGGUAGCAAUGCUUUUAGGAGAUAUUGAAGUGAACACUGUAACAUCGAGGCCUGGAUACUUGACUGAUUGGAAAUUUGAUGAUGUUACUAGCUUCAUGACUGAGGUUGCAACCAAAGGAUCAAACACAAGUUUUUUCAAUUCUUCAGCAAGUACCAGCAUAGUGGGUGGUGCAAAAAUUGAUGAUUCUCAACCUAUCCUUCGUGAGAAUCUAAGUGGAGGUAGGUAAAUAGUGGUGUAUUAGUGCUUCAGAAUGAGUGUACAACAAUAAUGGAAAUGACAAUGUACUUCAAAAAUUGUGUUUCCUUCUUUUACUUUUCAUGUUCUUUUCCCUUUGUUGUA